GUUAUAGAAGAGGCAGAAAAGGCUCAGGCCACUCAAACAGAAGAGGAGGAAAGUGGAAGUGAUGAAACUUCUGAGUAUGAGACCGAUUCAGAAGAAGAACAAGCAUCAAGAAAAUUAUUAAAACCUGUAUUUAUUCCAAGGGAAACAAUACUUGAAAAAGAAAGAAAGGAAAAGUUAGAAGAGGAGGCAGAGGCGAAGAGACUGCAAGAACUAGAAGAGAGGAAAAAAGAGUCACAUUCAAUGGUUGCUGAAGUAAUUCAAAAAGAAUUACAAAAAACUGUCAAAGAAGAAAUUGGCGUUAAUGAAGUCGAUGAUACAGAUGGUUUGGAUGAACAGGCAGAAUACGAAGCAUGGAAGUUACGUGAACUGAAAAGAAUUAAGAGAGAUAAAGAAGAACGUGAAGCGAGAGAAAAAGAGCAAGAAGAGAUUGAACGGAGACGUAAUAUGAGUGAGGAACAACGUUUAGCUGAAGAUAUGUCGCGUGUAAGAGAGCAACGUGAUAAAAAACCACACGGGCAAUAUAAAUUCCUGCAAAAAUAUUAUCACAAGGGUGCUUUCUACUUAAAUCCAGAUGAGAAAAUUUUCAAACGUGAUUAUACUGAAGCAACACCCGAUGAAGCAGCUCACAAGGAGUUAUUGCCUAAAGUUAUGCAAGUUAAGAACUUUGGUCGAGCAGGACAAACUAAAUGGACUCAUUUAGCUGAUCAAGAUACUUCAAAGAAAGAUGCAGCGUGGAGUCAGAACUCUGGAGUUACUAAAUCGAUGUUAUCAAAGUUGGGUGGUUUACAUGGAGGGUUUGAUAAACCUACAUCAAAAAGACGGAGAACCAA